UUUGUGGUGGCUGCGUUGGCCGUUAUCGCCUGCAGCGCAGAAGAGCAGAUACCAGUGCUUGGCGGCUGGCAGAAGCACAACGUGAGCGACGAUGCCAUCUACGAGGAGCUGGCACACUUUGCCGUCUCCAAGCAGGUGGCAAACCGGGAGUUUUUCGACACCGUGCUCGAGAUUGUCGAUGUAGAGAGCCAAACGGUAGCUGGCACGAACUACCGUAUCAAGUUCAAGAUUACGGAAUCGACUUGCCCCAUCACGGCUGCUUACAACAAGGCGACGUGUCUACCCAAGUCCCGAGAGACUAUCAAGGACGUCUGUACUGCCGCAAUCACUGAUGUUCCCUGGACGAAGGUGCGCGAGCUUACGUCAUUCACCUGCGAAGGAUCAACGGUUUCCCACUAAGUCUCAAUCGUCUUUCUGGUUCCUGUGACUGUACUUUGUGUCAUAAGAAUUUGCACUGCAACGUGCGACUUCAA